AUGUGCAUCCUUACACCAGAGUUUAUGUGCAUCCUUACACCAGAGUUUAUGUGCAUCCUUACACCAGAGUUUAUGUGCAUCCUUACACCAGAGUUUAUGUGCAUCCUUACACCAGAGUUUAUGUGCAUCCUUACACCAGAGUUUAUGUGCAUCCUUACACCAGAGUUUAUGUGCAUCCUUACACCAGAGUUUAUGUGCAUCCUUACACCAGAGUUUAUGUGCAUCCUUACACCAGAGUUUAUGUGCAUCCUUACACCAGAGUUUAUGUGCAUCCUUACACCAGAGUUUAUGUGCAUCCUUACACCAGAGUUUAUGUGCAUCCUUACACCAGAGUUUAUGUGCAUCCUUACACCAGAGUUUAUGUGCAUCCUUACACCAGAUUUUAUGUGCAUCCUUACACCAGAGUUUAUGUGCAUCCUUACACCAGAGUUUAUGUGCAUCCUUACACCAGAGUUUAUGUGCAUCCUUACACCAGAGUUUAUGUGCAUCCUUACACCAGAGUUUAUGUGCAUCCUUACACCAGAGUUUAUGUGCAUCCUUACACCAGAGUUUAUGUGCAUCCUUACACCAGAGUUUAUGUGCAUCCUUACACCAGAGUUUAUGUGCAUCCUUACACCAGAGUUUAUGUGCAUCCUUACACCAGAGUUUAUGUGCAUCCUUACACCAGAGUUUAUGUGCAUCCUUACACCAGAGUUUAUGUGCAUCCUUACACCAGAGUUUAUGUGCAUCCUUACACCAGAGUUUAUGUGCAUCCUUACACCAGAGUUUAUGUGCAUCCUUACACCAGAGUUUAUGUGCAUCCUUACACCAGAGUUUAUGUGCAUCCUUACACCAGAGUUUAUGUGCAUCCUUACACCAGAGUUUAUGUGCAUCCUUACACCAGAGUUUAUGUGCAUCCUUACACCAGAGUUUAUGUGCAUCCUUACACCAGAGUUUAUGUGCAUCCUUACACCAGAGUUUAUGUGCAUCCUUACACCAGAGUUUAUGUGCAUCCUUACACCAGAGUUUAUGUGCAUCCUUACACCAGAGUUUAUGUGCAUCCUUACACCAGAGUUUAUGUGCAUCCUUACACCAGAGUUUAUGUGCAUCCUUACACCAGAGUUUAUGUGCAUCCUUACACCAGAGUUUAUGUGCAUCCUUACACCAGAGUUUAUGUGCAUCCUUACACCAGAGUUUAUGUGCAUCCUUACACCAGAGUUUAUGUGCAUCCUUACACCAGAGUUUAUGUGCAUCCUUACACCAGAGUUUAUGUGCAUCCUUACACCAGAGUUUAUGUGCAUCCUUACACCAGAGUUUAUGUGCAUCCUUACACCAGAGUUUAUGUGCAUCCUUACACCAGAGUUUAUGUGCAUCCUUACACCAGAGUUUAUGUGCAUCCUUACACCAGAGUUUAUGUGCAUCCUUACACCAGAGUUUAUGUGCAUCCUUACACCAGAGUUUAUGUGCAUCCUUACACCAGAGUUUAUGUGCAUCCUUACACCAGAGUUUAUGUGCAUCCUUACACCAGAGUUUAUGUGCAUCCUUACACCAGAGUUUAUGUGCAUCCUUACACCAGAGUUUAUGUGCAUCCUUACACCAGAGUUUAUGUGCAUCCUUACACCAGAGUUUAUGUGCCACAGUACACGACCCCGGCAAUAA